AUGUUCUUGAUAAAUAUUUUAACCAUCUUAAUAAUCACGGAUGCGGCAAACACAUUACGUCUUAGAGGGAAAUGGAAUCCAUCCAACAGAUAUUUGUUUUUGACAAAGUUCGGUUUUCAACGAACUCAAGUUGACGAACUUGAGGCUACAAGGGGUUAUAUUUACGGGACAGUGAACCUCCUAAACAAAUCAAACACACAGAAUUUGACAGAUAUUGCAACAUUAGUUCUGGUUGACAGUGAGUUCAUUAUGGAUCUUUAUGGGAAUGCCACAGAAUCAAUAUGGGUACAAAAUGUAACUGGUAUGACGUAUCAGGAAAGUCAGUGGCUCAUGGAAACUGAACGUUGCAACAAAAUGUUUGAUAAAAUCAACUCUCUUGCUUGGCACAAGACUUGUUCCCCCACAGGAGAAAUGGAUUUACUUCGGUCAGUACCUUGUUCUUCAUCUGGGUUUUGUGCAGAGGAGGAUGAUCCCGAAAGUGUAGUACCAAAUUCACAAUUUACUUUUGUUGUGCAAGAUCUUCGGCAACCACGUUACUGGUAUUUGAGUUUGGUUGCAUGUAAACGCAAUUUAACUACAUGUAAAUGGGAGACUACUGCAAUUCCUCGACAUCCGAAUUCAUCAUCAUCAUUCUCAUCGUCAUCAUCAUCAUCAUCAUCAGCAUUAACAUUGAUUUAUGAUAUAUGGCUUGUUAAUGGUGAACCAAAAUUACAGUCUUUCAAUCAGUUUGAACAUCAUUUCUCUUUUGAAACACAUGGAAUUGCACAAAUGUUCUUUAUAUUUCUGUCACUCUAUAUUAUUUUGAGUAUAAUAGCACAUGUCAAACUAGUCAAUAACUGUUCACUUCACGUAUGCCUCUAUCUUACUCAUCUUUGGCUGGCUACUGUGGGAGCAACGCUGGCUGCUGUUCACUGGCUUGUUUUCUCAUUCGAUGGUCGAGGACUAGGUCUGGUCUCAGAGUUGGGAACAGUAAUUACACAAUGGGCAGACUCGGUGUUCUUAGUUGUUCUGUUGUGUACAUGUCAAAUGGGUUUCAGUCCCCAGUAUCCGUCAACUGCAUUCCAUUAUUGUGAUAUUUCCAAAACUGUUCGUCCACGAACUUCCAAAGUCUCUUCUACUUUACCUGCUGGAUUCCUUCACCUUGGUAAAUUAAGUCAUAAAUUGUACAUCUAUGAUCCUAUCCAAGAUGAAAAUAUUUGUGUUAGACCAUCAACCAAUCAGGAGAAGUCCACAUCAUUUUGGCCUUAUGUAAUUUUAUUGGUUACUUUGUUACUUGGUGUCAAGACGUUACUGUAUAUAUGGGCGAUGUUUGAUAGAGACCCUGUAAUCGAUUUCUCUGUUUGGAAUACAGUACCUGGUUGUUUAUUGUUAGCUUUAAGAAUUUGCCUGGUAUUCUGGAUAUUGGUAGUUGUAGGACGUAGACAUUUUAUCGCACAAAUUUUCUCUGAGUUGUACAAUAUGGAUUUAUGCAUCUUGGGUCCGAAUAUCAAUACAAUGCAAUUUGCCGCUGGUUAUCUUCUUUGGAUUGUGAUCUUACCAUUAGUGGUGUUUAUUGGCGAAACUAGUGUAUCGCCUCUGUGGCGAACAAAAACCAUAUUAAGUAAUUACUGGUAUUUGAGUUUGGUUGCAUGUAAACGCAAUUUAACUACAUGUAAAUGGGAGACUACUGCAAUUCCUCGACAUCCGAAUUCAUCAUCAUCAUCAUCAUCAUCAUCAGCAUUAACAUUGAUUUAUGAUAUAUGGCUUGUUAAUGGUGAACCAAAAUUACAGUCUUUCAAUCAGUUUGAACAUCAUUUCUCUUUUGAAACACAUGGAAUUGCACAAAUGUUCUUUAUAUUUCUGUCACUCUAUAUUAUUUUGAGUAUAAUAGCACAUGUCAAACUAGUCAAUAACUGUUCACUUCACGUAUGUCUCUAUCUUACUCAUCUUUGGCUGGCUACUGUGGGAGCAACGCUGGCUGCUGUUCACUGGCUUGUUUUCUCAUUCGAUGGUCGAGGACUAGGUCUGGUCUCAGAGUUGGGAACAGUAAUUACACAAUGGGCAGACUCGGUGUUCUUAGUUGUUCUGUUGUGUACAUGUCAAAUGGGUUUCAGUCCCCAGUAUCCGUCAACUGCAUUCCAUUAUUGUGAUAUUUCCAAAACUGUUCGUCCACGAACUUCCAAAGUCUCUUCUACUUUACCUGCUGGAUUCCUUCACCUUGGUAAAUUAAGUCAUAAAUUGUACAUCUAUGAUCCUAUCCAAGAUGAAAAUAUUUGUGUUAGACCAUCAACCAAUCAGGAGAAGUCCACAUCAUUUUGGCCUUAUGUAAUUUUAUUGGUUACUUUGUUACUUGGAGUCAAGACUUUACUGUAUAUAUGGGCGAUGUUUGAUAGAGACCCUGUAAUCGAUUUCUCUGUUUGGAAUACAGUACCUGGUUGUUUAUUGUUAGCUUUAAGAAUUUGCCUGGUAUUUUGGAUAUUGGUAGUUGUAGGACGUAGACAUUUUAUCGCACAAAUUUUCUCUGAGUUGUACAAUAUGGAUUUAUGUAUCUUGGGUCCGAAUAUCAAUACAAUGCAAUUUGCCGCUGGUUAUCUUCUUUGGAUUGUGAUCUUACCAUUAGUGGUGUUUAUUGGCGAAACUAGUGUAUCGCCUCUGUGGCGAACAAAAACCAUAUUAAUAAUAUGCUUUUCUACUGAUUAUGUAGCAGCUGUUGCGUACGCUUGCUUUUUGUGGCGUUCAAACUCACUUUUAGAUGAGAACAUGUUGGCUAAUCGUUGUUCAUUGUAGCUCCAUUCAUUCCUUUCUUCUUGCUUUUUCCUCUCCUUAUCCAAUAUACUCUGUUCGAAUUGCACAAAUCAAUUUACGUUUAUCAUAUUUUGCACUAUAAUAAUAAUUAUUAUUUGUUCCCAGUAGUCGCUAAAUUUAUGCCUGACUAACAGAUAUUUCAGAAAUACAAUUUGUUGAGCGUUGUUUUUGUGUUGUUAUUUGAUAGACUCCAUUGGUGCUUUGAUAUUUUGGAAUUUCAAAUGGUAACAUCCAACACUAUUUUUUCUCACUUCAUUUUUCUUGUGGUGUUCUAAAUUUUUACUAUUUUUUUUUGGCUGCUUAUUUUUACACUAUUGUUUAAUCUAUUAGUCAAUUGAAAAUCUAUGUUUUUACUGACAGAUUAAUCACAAAAUCUAAUUUGUAGCUAAUUAUUAUUAUAAAAGAGAUAAAUGGAUUUCGGUCUAUUCAAUUAAAAUGUAUUUUUUUUUUAAAACUAUCUCAAUGAUAAUAUUAUGCGCAUUUUCAUUUAGGUGUAUCGUUCAGUUCACGGUAUAAGUGAUACAUUUUCGGACUCUAAUUAAUUGAUUGGUUUGUAAUAAUUUUCAAUAAUAUAUUGAACAGAUUAAGCAACGGCUUAUUUACUAUAAUUAUCAUCAUAUUAAACUUCUUAAAGAUCGAAGCAUUUUGCACAUAUAUUCUCUAUAUUAAGUGAUUGUUUUGAGAAAGUUAAUUACCAUGUAAUUGAAAAAAAAAACUAUACCAACAUUAAAUCGAAUUUUU